CGCCAAUCAAACGCUUACGCCACUCCGCACACAGCCUCGUUUUCCCACCUGCUCGGCUGCCUUGGCCCCCGUUUUCUGUGUAGCCGGCAAUUCCUUCGUUUUCGUGUUCACAUCUUUUUUCUUCUUUUUCUCCUCUUUUCGUCCUGUCUUGGAUCAUCUUCUUCGUCAUCGCAAGCAAGUGCUUCUGCUUUUUUUAUUUUUUGCUUUUGGGUUGCUUUGUCGAUAAGCUUCCCUACUCAGUUCCGUCACUGGCUGCCUGCCCCUCGUUGUCGCCUUUUCUGCCGCCGCGUAUCCGCCAGGUUCCUGGGAACCUUAGCUUUGUGAUCCGCGCCGCGCGUCAUCCUCACGGUCCCCCGAUAUCACGACUCCUCCUCGCCUCCCGCCACGACCCAAACGACAUCAUGAAGUCCAUGAAGGGCCUCGGCAUGAGCAAGAUGCUCGACAGCAUCAAGCGAAAGACCUCAGGUCCCGUGGCAAACAGUGCCAACAUCGAGGCCAGCAGAGUCGCCGUCGAAACGCAGUCCGGUGGCUCCCCCGAGACCACGGCGCACAACACAGUCAAAGCAUUCUGUGAAUCCGGAGGCCAAGUUAGGGGCGACGAAGUCCUCUUCCUGCCAACCAUCGUCGAGGCUGCCGAGUCUUCUCCCGCUGCUGCCGCCGAAUGCGCUCGUCUUAUUCGCAAAUUCAUGCGCAAGGAAUACUACGCCCGCGCCGCCUGGCAGUAUAAUGCGCUCAUGCUGCUGAGAAUCCUCACCCAGAACCCCGGCGAGACAUUCACCCGCAACCUCGAUUCCAAGUUUGCCGAUACAGCAAAGGAGCUGCUCCGGUACGGUGUCGACGGCAAUGUGCGCCAGAUGCUCAUGGAGACUCUUGAGGAGUUUGAGAACACGAGGUCAUACGACGAGGGUCUCGGACCCCUGAUACAAAUGUGGAAGAAGGAAAAGGCCAAGAUUAUCAGAGAAUUCGGCGGUGUCCCAAUGCGCCAUCCCCAGCCAUUUGUGCCCAUGUCUCCCUCGGGCAACCAGAGAGAUCAAACUUACUUUUCACGCAGCCAUCGCAAUAACCGCCUGCCCGAUGCCGUAGAACUGGCCAGUCGUCUCGAAGAGGCGCGCACAUCCGCCAAGCUGCUCGAGCAGGUUGUCAUGAACACCCCCACGGCCGAGAUACUCGACAACGAGCUCAUCAAAGAAUUUGCUGAUCGCUGCCUGAGCGCCUCAAGAAGCAUUCAGGGCUACAUGGUGGCCACCGACCCUGCUCCCGAUAACGAAACCAUGGAGAGCCUCAUUGAUACCAACGAGCAGCUACAGACGGCUCUCAACCAACACCAGCGUUCUGUCCUAAGUGCGAGAAAGAAUCUCGGCCUAAACGAGCGCCAAGAGGAUGAGUCUCAGCCAGCAAGCGACACUGAGGCUGCCCGAGAUGCUGAAGCUAGCGACAGCUCUGCUGCUCGCAAAGGCAAGCAGACGGGCAGACCAGAAUCAUACAAAGUAGUACCUUUAACCUCUGUCGCUGCCUCCGGUUCUGGCUCUGGUUCGGCCAUUGCAUCAAGCUCCAAAGCAGGCAAGGGCAAACAGACAGUGGAAGCUGAAGAUCCAUUCGCCGACCCGUUUGCCGACCCCGAGUCGGAGGCAGCGCCGAAAAUACCAGAGGCCAAUGGUGCCGGCUCGUCAUCCCUCGGUCUGGAUGCAGACGACUAUGGACACCAUUCUGCCGAACCCUACAGCCCAGGCUUUGGUUCUUCGUCUACAGCUGCUGGGUCAUCCGCGUUGGCAUCCGCAUCCGCGUCUCGCGUCAAUGCCAGCAGCGUAGGCGGUGCGACAACUGCAGCUGAUGACAAGAAGCCCCUGUAGUCAGGCAGUAAGCAUGAUGAAUGAUGGCAUGGUUAUAUGGGGACACAACAGAGGAGCUGAGCCAGUCGCAUAACGAGCCCUUUGAACGGACUCUGCAGCGGGCGAGUCGUGUUGUUCUGGCCUCUUAAAUGGGUAUAUAUAUGGAGAAAGACGUUGGUUCCAAUAUCGGCGGGCUGUGAGUUGUCAUAUUUCUCGUCUCACCUGCUUCGGUAUCGGCUCUUCCACGUCACCUUUCUUUCUUCUUUUUCUUUAAUGUGUCGGUUUGAUCUGUAUUUUCACGCAAAUUACCCCUUGAGCGUUUGUGUUUUGUUUACCCUGCGUAUAGUAUGCAAAAGAAUUAGAAGGUCUAAUAAAACAAGGAAACUCUUCAUACUCUGCGUG